GGCACUCUCUCUCUCUCUCUUAGCAUGCUCCGAAAAGAAAACUUUAGCUUGUUGACUUAGCAGGAAAUGAGUGGCUUGCAAAAAUUGAUGUGCAAGGCAAGCGGCUUAAAGAAGCCCAGAACAUCAAUAGCUUUCAGGAACUCAAAGCUCACCCAUUUACUCCAGGAUCCAUUAGGUGGUGAUUCUAAAACAUCGAUGUGUGCACAAAUUAGGCAAUCGGAUCAAGACUUAAGCGAGACUCUCAGCUCAUUCAAUUUUGCGAACCGAGUUAGAGGUGUUGAGUCGGGUAAUGUUAGAAAACAAGUUGAUGUACAUGAGCUCCAGAAGAUAAAAACAAUGCUUGAGAAAGCACGACUGGAAUGCAAGGCCAAAGAUGAAUCAGUGAAAAGGCUUGUAUAAAAUUUACAGAACCUUCAAGUGGAGUUGAAAUCAUCACUGCAUCGCCAAUUAGAGAGACAGUUUCACAUCUUUUGGAGAAGUUAAAAGGGAAAGAAGAAUCUUGUUCAGAACUUCAACAGAAGGUUAGGGAGUUAGAGAAGAAGAUGAAACGAAACGAGAAAAAAAAGGUUGAGACAACAAGAAAAAAAAGCUGAUAGAGCAAGAGGAAAAAAAGCGCUGUAACAGAGAAAAAAAAGCUGAAAAAAGAGAAAAGGAGAGAAAAAAGCUGAAACAGACACAGGGAAAAAAAGCUGAUAAAGAGAGAAAAAGCUGAAACAGGACGGUGAUUCUAAAAGAAGCUGAAACAGGAAAAUCAUUCUACAACAUGCCAAAAGAAGGUCCGAGAAGAAGCUGUGUGAGCAAAUACAAAAUUCUGUGAGUCCAGUUCUUAAACACUUGAACACGAGGUUCCUUGCGCUUGUUAUUGCAUUCAUUAAUAAAAGAAAAGUUUGACGUCUUUGUCUAUCAUAGAUUGUAGUUCCGAAUCCAUUGCUUUCACCCAUUGGCAAUGAUCGACAUCUGCCAGCACCUCUGCAAAGUUACAGGGAUCUAACACAUUGUUGUCCGAUGAGUGAUCCAUGGAUUCCCCCAAACCAAUGUAUCUGUCGGGCUCAUGCGAGACCCUCCCACUGCGGCGCGGUUCUA